AAAUCCACUUUAGUGGCCUGUAUAUUACCAAUUAUUCGUACAAUGUGAUAUUAUUCUCAGCCUUCUUCAAUGAGAUAUCAAAAUAAGUUAUAUAAACAUGUUCACUGAGCUGAAAAAUUAAACAGUUGUUACUAAGUUUGGAGAAUAUCGAAUACAAAUCAUGGAGGCAGAUAAUCCUGUGCUUAAAAAAGCAAAGCACAAUGAAAUCAAAUCAAAUAUAGUGAAACGUGAGACUAUUUAUAUACCUGUCCAUAUAGACCGUCAAUUUGAUGUAAAUCUACAAAGGAUUAAGUUACCAGCAUGUAUGAUGGAGCAAGAGAUUGUUGAUGCAAUACGGCAUAAUGAUGUUGUUGUUGUAACGGGGGACACAGGUUGUGGUAAAUCUACGCAAGUACCGCAAUUUCUAUAUGAAAAUGGAUUUUGCUUUGAAAAUUAUACCGUAGGCGUAACUCAAGUGAGAAGAGUGGCGUGUAUAGCUCUAUAUAGACAAGUAUCCCUGGAGUUAAAUUCAGACAAUUUAGUGGGCUAUCAAUAUCGAUUCAAUAAAGGUUAUAACAGGAAAUUAUGUCGAAUAAAAUUUAUGACAGAUGGCAUUCUACUUCAAGAAAUAAAGGAGGACAUAAUGUGUUCUAGAUACAGUGUAAUAAUAAUUGACGAAGCUCAUGAGCGUAAUCUCAAUUGUGAUCUGUUGAUUGGUAUAUUAUCAAGGGUGGUUAAACUAAGACGUGAACGCUAUGAAUCGGGAGAAUCAGACCUUCCGCCUCUAAAACUGGUUAUAAUGUCUGCCACCAUUCGCGCCGAAGACUUUUUGAAUUCCAAGGUUUUUGGCGGCGAUGUUGCCCACUGUCACAUUCCAACUGAGUUUAAAAGGAAUACAAUCCACUUCUCUCGUAGAUCUGUUUCCGAUUAUGUUAUUGAUGCAUACGACAAAAUACUUAAAAUACACAGACGUUUGCCGCCUGGUAGUGUAUUGGUUUUCUUAACAGGCAAAGAGGAAUUAUUUCGAUUGAAGAGGUUAUUAUCUCCAUUAGAAAAAAUUCGAAAGUGUGAUGACCCAUCAUUGGAAAACCCGACAGAAUUGCAAACUACUAACGAAGGCUCAGAUGAACCUGCAGAUGAUGAUCCUAUCUUUGAACUUGAUAGUGACAGCGAUUCUGAUGAAGAAACAACUAAUGAAAGUAACACAGAGUUAGAUACCACUAUACCACAUGUACCUUCCGAACAACUAGACGCCCAGAGUAAGGAUACUGUGGAUUCCAUUACAUCGUGUGCUGAUAACAACGAAAAUGCGAUUGAGGAGUCACAUAAUAAUCAAUUGCCACAUUUAAUUGAUGGUGAUACUGUUAUCGAUGAGGCUAAUGGAAAUUGGGCUGAACCUAUCUGUACAUCAUCUGAUAAUACUACUGAUAGCGUCCCCCCUAUUGACCAAUUUACAACGAUAAAUGACACUACUGCUAUAGAUUCAGAGGAUGAUAAUGACGAUAUUGCUGAAAAAGAAUAUAAGGUAGAGUUGGGUGUUUUAAGCAAGAGCUACAAGAGGUUAUCUGAUAAUAAGUGGCAUGGUGCAGGACGUGGCACUGGUCGUUUAAAGGUCAUUGUUAUGCACGCUUCUCAAACCAUGGAUACACAAAUGGCGGCAUUUGAGCUUCCAACUGAUGCUGAGCGUGUUGUUAUAUUAUCAACCAAUGUUGCCGAAACUGCACUUACUUUACCCAAUAUACGUUAUGUAGUUGACAGUGGUAAGGAGAAACGACGUUUGGAUGACAUUCAGCGCGGAUUAUCUCGUUUUGUCAUAUGCGAUAUUAGCAAAGCAUCAGCGAAUCAGCGGUCGGGUAGGGCUGGUCGAGUGGGUAAAGGUCAUUGCUACCGUCAAUACACUAGCAGUGUCUUCGAUACGUUGUUUGAUGAGAAUUCACCAACGGAGAUUUCAAAUUGCAAUCUUGAGUCCACCAUAUUGCUAUUAUGUACCAUGGGUAUAGAAAAUCCAUAUGAUUUCCGUUUUCUAACGCCUCCCCCAUUUGAUAAUAUUCGCUCUGCUAUGACGGUACUUGCCGUUUUAGGUGCUAUAGAAGUUCCAACUAUGCGAGUGGUUGACCGGUACAGUCUACAUAACGAGAUAACUACGAAUCCAUUCAAGAUACCUGCGUCAUAUCCAUAUAAAUCAUCAUACGAAGUUUUGAAAGAUCUGCGUGUUGCGCGCAUUACUCAGCUUGGCCAUUAUUUAUCAGUUCUUCCUAUUAAUCCACGUUAUGGGAAAAUGGUAUAUGUUAUACUUUCUAAGAACCCUACAUCUUCAGCGAUGCAUUGUGCCCUUUGUGUUAUUUCAUGUCUAUCAUUUGGUGCUGGCAAUUUAGUAUGCCCACAAUUACCUCAUGAUAUACAACAGAGAAAGCCGUUACCGUCACUGCGUAGUGAUAUUGAACUAUUCGUAUGGAUUUGUUGUCGUUACACUAUGAUAUCUGGGAAACAACAACGUAGUGAGUACUGCAAGUCAUAUGGCAUCAACGAACGCCUUUUAUGCGAGGUUUUACAACAAGCUGAGCAAUUAUACAGGGUUACUGGGUCAUUACUAGGUGAUCGUUUCAACAUUAAUAUAGAUUGGAAUAAACCAUUGGAGACCCCGGAUCGUGCAACUAAACUUAUGAUAGAGGCAGCUAUUGUUGAAUGUAUGGUUGACAAAAUUGCUGUGCAGGUACAGUGUUUAUCUGGUGAAGGAAGUGACCAUGCACAAAAUGCCUAUAGAACAGCUUCUAUACUUGCCUCCCUAAAGGAUGCUUUUCUUCCGCGACCAUAUUCACGCCAUAAACCUGAAUGUGUCGUAUUCGGCGGCCUUAUUGGUGACGAAAAACUUAAACUACAGGAUGUACUUCCUACGGAUGCACCCACUCUUUGUACACUAAAGUCUCCACUAAUUUUUGCCAACGUUAUCGAGACAAAACCUGCUCCAAGAUACAACCCGGUUAGUGAUAUUGUGGAGGCCUUUUGUCAAAAAAUAUACGCUCCAUUGAACUAUUCCUUGGGUGUAUCUCGGGCUACAUUAAACCUGGAGCAUCCGUUGGCCACACGAGUGUUUGCUCAACAAUUUUGCUUUGGAUGUAUAUUCACCGUUUUGUCACGGUAUAAUCAGUUAUUAGAGGUAAAUUCAAAUGACUUUUUAUUGCCUACUAAGGCAUCCGAACCUUUAGGUGUGUUGUUAACGACUCUACGUCGUUUUGCAAUUAGUACUAGAGAACGAUUCGUCAAAAAGCAUCGCAAAGAUCCAACAUUUCUCAUGAAUGAGUAUAGAAAUUUACUUCGCAAGAGCACAUUUGACGUUCAUGAAUUUGAGGAGCUUUAUCAUUCACUGUCGCGCGACUAGGGGUGUGUCGUUUA